AUGCAGUAUCUUGCCGUUGCCGCUCUCCUCCUCCCGGCCACAGCGCUGGCCAGCCCCGUGGUCGCCGUCCGCCAGGACUGGGCCCCUGCGAAAUUCAUCGGCUGGACAGCCGACCAGAGCUGCGGCCGAGUUUCGGUCACUUACGACGCACUCAAGCAAGUCGCCAACGUGACCCUGCCCGACUACAAGGUCACCCUGCCCGACAACGGCAACCGUGACAGGGGCUGCGCGGUGACCCUGAAAGUCCGCUUCGCCGCCGACGCCUGCACGACCGGCACGGCGUUUGGCACCGUCAGCGGGAAUGCCACGCUGCCGGUUGGCGUCUCGGGCCAGUUCUACGGCCGCGCUUACGCCGUAGAUCCGUCCCUCGGACCCGUCUCCCCGGUCAGCCCUACCAAGAACUGGAACGCUGUUACGCAGCCUAUUAAUGAGCGGUACACCAUUGAUGACACUGUGGGCUACACGUUCAGGACCGACUCUGUGAACCGGGAUGUCAACUUCAAGCUUCAAGGCCGGCUGCAGUUGCAGCCGGCCACCGGCCCGUCUGGCUUCUUGAAUACUCCCAGGUCAUCUUUGACCAACGGUCAUUCAACAAUCAAGAGCUGGAACCGCUCGGCAAGUGAGGUAACGACCCUGGGGGUUUCUGAUGGGUUGAAGCUGAGCCCAGAAGUACUUACGGGGAAGUCAAGGAGCGGAAGUAUAACAGCCGAUAGUAUGGUCCGAAAUGGCCCCUCUUUUUGA